GCUUCUGUUUUUCUAUUAUUUUUAUUAUUUUUUUAAAAAAAUUAUUUUACAUAUUGCGUUUUGCAUGAACUCAAAAUCUACUCGUAACUAGAAGAAGAAUCUUUCGUCUUUUUCUUUUCAUUCUGGUUUCUCUUGCGAAAAUCGAAACUUUCAACCCGCAGUUUCUUACCCACUGAAAAUUUUCCGAGAAAAUGAGGUGGGAAAGGGUCCACCUCCACGCUCAACCGCCACUAGCUCAACAAGUUGGUUUGGGUGAGGUGUCUUCUGCUGGGCCAGGCAAGAGAUGGGGACACACCUGCAACGCCAUCAAAGGGGGCAGAUUUCUUUACAUAUUCGGUGGUUAUGGCAAAGAUAAUUGCCAAACCAACCAAGUACAUGUUUUUGAUACUGCUACGCAGGUAUGGAGCCAGCCUGUGAUAAAGGGCACACCCCCUACUCCGAGGGACAGUCACAGUUGUACUACCGUUGGAGAUAAUCUCUAUGUUUUUGGGGGAACUGAUGGGACGAAUCCUCUAAGGGAUUUGCAUAUAUUAGAUACUUCUUCAAAUACAUGGAUAUCCCCUAGUGUUAGAGGCGAUGGACCAGAACCACGGGAAGGUCAUAGCGCUGCACUUGUUGGCAAACGACUUUUCAUAUUUGGUGGUUGUGGAAAGUCUCUGGGUAGUAAUGACGAAGUAUACUACAAUGAUCUUUACAUAUUGAAUACGGAGACUUUUGUAUGGAAACGCGCUACAACAACAGGCAGUCCACCAUCUGCACGUGAUAGCCAUACUUGCUCUUCUUGGAAGAGCAAAAUCAUCGUAAUUGGUGGUGAAGAUGGACAUGAUUAUUAUUUGUCUGAUGUCCAUAUCCUUGAUGCAGAUACCCUCACAUGGAAGGAGCUGAAUACUUCUGGACAGAUGCUACCACCUCGAGCUGGUCACUCCACAGUUUCAUUUGGCAAGAACUUAUUUGUUUUUGGGGGGUUUACAGAUGCCCAGAAUUUAUAUGAUGACCUUUAUAUGCUCGAUGUUGAUACGGGCAUAUGGACCAAAAUUUUGACUACUGGAGAAGGGCCUUCUGCUAGAUUUUCUGUUGCUGGGGAUUGUUUAGAUCCUCUUAAGGGUGGCGUUCUUGUAUUUGUAGGUGGUUGUAAUAAGAGUCUUGAGGCUCUUGAUGAUAUGUACUUUCUAUACACAGGACUUGCAAGCGAAAAUGCACAGGACUUACAGAAGUUGGAGAAGUUAUCUCUGAGGAAACAGUUGAAGCUAAAAUGCCAAGAGCAAAGUCUUUCUAGUCCGAUACAUGAUAAAGCAUUGGUUAGAAUUGACCAACAAAUGCCUGCAUUAAGUUACGGCUUGCCAAUUAGAAGAGAGAAUUUCCCAUUAAAUCAACCCCAGGUUCAAGGAAAGAAACCAUUUCAAGCAAAGGUUACUGAAACCCUUCCAUAUGGAUAUACUAUUGAGACAAUCAUAGAUGGGAAGCCUCUUCGUGGAAUAUUGUUUGCCAACAUGCCAAGCGCUUUCCCUGCAACUAAUCACAAUUCUAGUAGGAAAAGGGCUCCUGGGGAGACAGGCAUCAUGUUCAAUGGGUAUUGCAAUAGAAAUUCGAAAACUUCUAAAAUUGUCAGGGAGAACUCUGCAGAUCAUUACCAAGCAGCAGAUAUUUGCAUUAUAUCUGAUGACAUCAUCCCUCAGGCCAAUAAGGAACCUGCAAACGAUGAGGCAUUUUUGGCUCCUCUGAACUUGAACGAUGAUAGACCAGAUGAAGCUCCAGAAUCUCGCUUUGAAGUUUCAGCUGAUGUUAUUUCAGCUAUUGUCAAUUUGACGCCAAACCAAGAUGAGAGAAUAGCAGGCAGUGAACAGCACAACGAUCCAGCAAAAUCAAUAUGAUUGGUAAACAAACUUGACUGUUCAGGAUGACUUCGAAACAUUACAAUCCACAAGCCAUUUGUACAUUUGCCGUAUCAAAGUGGUUAUAGAUGCAUUUACCCAGUCUAACUAUUUUGUUUCUUGAUUUCGUUUUCCUUUCCUCCAUCGGCCACUAGUUGUCCAUUCCGGGAGCAUGAUUGACAUAGUUGUGUGCAGUAGUUAUGUUAGAAGUGAUAUUACGUUUUCAGAUUGAGGUGCUUCGUAGAAUGAGGGGGGAAAGAUUUUGCUUAUUGGCAAGUUCCAUGGAUCAUAUUAGCAUAUAUACUAUAUGUUUCAUAUGUAGCAAAAGACUCGGUAGCUUUACAGAAAGAUGCAUCAUUAUGGUCUUCUAUCAGAUUUUAGGACGGUAUAUGCUCAUUUUACCCAUCAUGACAUGCAAAUUCCAUCCAUGGAAAGUGGAUUGUAAAAGAAUUUUGAUGGUUUUGAGGCUCGUAACUCUUUUGAUGUAUGUCAUCUUCUGCUCGAGGGAAAGAAAGGAAAUUAGCUUA